AUGGAGGCAUUUGCAGAAUCCCCGCUACGUGACUGGAAACUUCAAACCACGAAGAACCAUGGGGACUGGUACCAUACACGGUCAACGGGCAUUGAGUCCUGGCGCCCGGUCAAAAGCCUGGGGAGCGGCUCCUUUGGAGAGGUUUGGCAGGAGCAAUGCACCUCCAGACCCUCGCAGAGCAGCGUUCGGGCUGUGAAACAUCUUCAGAAGCGACAGGCAAAAUUCCUAGAGAUGUCACAGCGAGAGCUUAAUGCCCUUGUCACUUUCUCUGAGGCUGAGAACAUGAAGCCGCAGCAAUUAUCACCCAAGUGGCACGAGCAUUGCAAUACAUGCACCAGCGCAACUUUGUUCAUCGGGAUGUUAAGCCCUUGGUACCUGCCCCUAUCCUUCAGCGUCUUCCAUCAACUGACAUUUCCCGAGAAUAUCCUAGUUUCAUCCCCACGUCCAAAGUGGCAUGUUAAACUCGCCGAUUUCGGAAUUGCAAAGAAGACAGAUGGCACUUUUCUAGAAACGCACUAUAUUGGGUCCCCUGGCUAUAUGGCCCCGGAGCUGUAUGGUGACCCUUCUCGUCAUUAUACCGCGGCAGUCGACGUAUGGGCACUGGGAGCCGUGGCUUUUUGCCUGCGCACAUGCUCUCCUCCUUUCAGAACAAUCAAACACUUGCUCGACUACGCUCACGACCAUAGGGUCCAAUUCCCAAUCCGGCCACUGGGGACUUCGAGCAGCUUUUGUAUGAACUUUGUUCUGGGAACAAUGGCGGACUUGCCUGAGCGUCGAUUGAUAAUUGAACAUGUGCUCGCUCACGAGUGGCUCUCGCAAAAUUCUACGGCGAAACUCACCCUGCUCUAUCGCCAGCAACAGGAUUUCGGGUUUGUGGAGCUGCUUGGAGGUGAGCUGCUCAGUCGUACGCGUCGAGCCUUUGGCAACAAGCACCUGGCCACCAUAAACGCCCUGGUAACUCUCGCGGACAAUUACCGAGAACAGGACAAACACACAAAAUCAGAGCCACUAUACAAAGAGGUCUUUUAUCUGCGUCGCGAACUACUCGGGGACGGACACCCGGAGACAAUCAACGCCCUAGAUAGUCUCGCCAAGACAUACAUUGCACGGCAAAAUUACGCGGAGGCGAAAGCAAGCUACGAACAACUUCUCUCUCUCCGGAAGGAUAUUGCUGGCUUGGACCAUCCAGAUACAGCGAUAACCUUGACAGGUCUUAAAGCCAUCAACCAGACAAUGAGCACGCCGUUGAAAACUAAGCAGCAUGUAGAGAAAGUCGCCGUCAAAGCUCCCCCUUACCGAUGCGUCAGACUGACGAUUAUCGGCGCCGAUGGCCUCGCUAAAAACAAUAUCUUCCGAUUUCCUGACCCCUACGCCGCUGUCACAGUUAUUAUGGGAGAACUGAAGGGGAACACGCAAACCACUUCUGUAGAAAAGAAGACUCUUAAUCCGUUUUGGAAUGAGUCGUUUAGCCUGCUCAUGAAGUCAGACAAGGGCGUUUUGGGUGCCGUGGACUUCCGCGUCGGCGAUGUCAUAGACUUGACUAAGGAUGACGGUGAUGGUGCGAUAUCUCCCUCUGAUCUUUGCGAAAUGGGGUGGCUGUCUUAUGAUUUCGUUUCUCUCUUCUUCUUAGCAGAAGGCUGA